UUAUGUGCAGAUCAUGAGAAACAAAGGUGAAACUCAACACCCGACCGCCUACAUACUCUGCGGUUUCGCACUUGUUUUCACGGCUGUGGUUGGAAUUUAUGGUGUAGUUAAUCGAAACAGCAGUAAUGAAAUAGUGUUUCCCAAGGAAAGUAAUGCUGCCAUGCCUAGAAGGUUACUCAUCUCUCCCAACAUUACCACGCAAGACUAUGGUUUGCCUGAUCGCAUCGGAAUGGGCGGCGAGAUGCAGUGUUCUAAGGACAGCAUACUGGUGUUUCAGGGCCAAACCACUCCGCUCCCCAACGGCAUCCCCACCUACACCGUUGACAUCGAGAACGUCUGCAUCUCCGACAGCUGCAGCAUUUCCGACAUCCACCUCAGCUGUGGCUGGUUCAGCUCUGCCCGCACCAUCAACCCGGCUGUUUUCCGCCGCCUCAACUAUGACGAUUGCCUUGUCAACGACGGCCAGCCUCUCUACCCCGGCCAAACCGUUUCUUUUCAGUACGCCGAGACCUAUAAGUAUCCACUUGCCGUCUCCUCCGUGUCUUGUUAAUCAUCUUUUUUAUUUACUACUACCACUUUAAAUAAAACAUUACUAGUAUUAACAUAGUCUGUGAAUUCCUGUUGCUGCAUGCCUGCUAAUCAGAUCAAUACAGACAAUAUCGCACUUCUGGUGUGCAUUGUUUGAA